AUGACUCAAAUUCCCUCUUAUGAUAAAUUGCUAAAAGAAAUUCUUUCUAAUAAAAGAAAAUUAGAGGACCAUGAAAUUGUGGCUAUGAUUCUUGAUAGUAGUAUUGUGAUUCAAAAUAUGGUGAUCCCAAAGCUUAAAGAUCCGACAAGUUUCUCUAUCCCUUGUCAAAUUGGCACGAUGAACUUUGAGAGAGCAAUUUGUGAUUUAUGGGCCAUUGUUAGUCUGAUGUUCCUACAUGUAUGGAAGAAGUUAGACAUGGGUGAGAUGAAACCGAUAAAUGUAUCUCUGCAACUGGCAGAUAAAUCAGUCAAAUACCUUGUAGGUGUGUUAGGGUAUGUCCCGAUGAGAGUAGGAGAGUAUUAUGUGCCUGUAGACUUUAUCAUAAUGGACAUCUACGAGGAUUCCCAAAUCAAGAUACUUUUAGGUAGGCCAUUCAUAGAUACGACAGGGGCCAUCAUUGAUGUUAAGAGAGGGAAGUUGACUUUUGAGGUAGGAUAA